CUUCUGCUACCAGGUGGUGGCGGUAUAUGCAUAACCACACCUGUAAAAUGAGGACGAAGAAGACGGGGCUCUCACUAAAAACUACACGGGCGUAUAUCGUCUAAAGGCCUUCGUUUGAAGCCAUGACCAGGUGGGCGAGAGCCAACAACGUCCACAAACACAAACCAGCCGAGGCGACUCCCUGGAAUCAGCUCAGGUCAGCCGGAAGAAGAAAAGAUGGAGGUGUACCUGCUGGGACGUCACGGCCGGAUCAGACGGACCCUCUGAGAAAGACCCGCGCUGCCGCCGAGAGAAAGCCCAACCGCAAGAAGAAAGAGUACACCAGCGAGGACGUAAACGGGUUCCUGGAUUACCUGAAGCAGAGCGGUCAGGACGGAGGCAGGGAGACGGAGGCGGAGCUCAAGGAGACGGUGGAGGUGGCCCUGAAGAAGGACAGGAGGAGGGAGGACAGGAGGGUGAAGAGGCAGAAGGACAAGAAGAGUAAGAUGGUGUGCUUUAACUGCAGGAAACCAGGUCAUGGUCUGGCCGACUGUCCAGAAGCCGACAGAGACGAGGAAAUGGGCCGCGGCAUCUGCUUCCGCUGCGGUUCCACAGAGCAUGAGAUCCAGAAGUGCCGAGCCAAAGUGGACCCAGCUCUGGGUGAAUACCCGUAUGCUAAAUGCUUCAUCUGCGGUCAGACUGGACACCUGUCACGCUCCUGCCCUGACAAUCCCAAAGGGCUCUAUGCUCAAGGCGGCUGCUGUCGUGUUUGUGGUUCUGUGGAACAUUUCCAGAAGGAUUGUCCGGAGCACCAGGCAGCAACUAACUCGGUGACUCUGGGCUGGUUGUCCAACAACAUGAGCGCAGACCUGGAGGACGUUCAUGUUCCAGUGAAGAAAGCUAAACCCAAGCAGGCCAAGGUGAUAACCUUCUGACGGGACCUGAGAGGACGUCAGAACCUUCACCUGGUGGACUCUUCGGAACCGGACCGAUGGGUCAAAAUGUGACUCACAGUCACUGAAGUUUUGUUUCAAAUGUUUCCUGUGGCGUUGGCUGACCCAGUCUGCUGGAGGUGACUCAUCACUGAAUGUGUGAAUACUGGCUGACGUUUCGCCACAUAACAGAACUCAGGAAAGCCAGACUGUCCGACCUGAGCUGUGUACCGCUGGUGUUCAUGUGUGUUUGCAGAACAUAUUAAUUAUGUUCGUCUGUUUUACUUCAGACAUCAACUGUACAGCACUUCUAAUACAUACGGAAUAAAACUAGGGCUGCAACAUAUGCAUCCAAUUAUAUCGGAUUAAAAAAACUUACGUAUUUUACAGAUUUUUCCUUUAACCACUGAAGCCUCUUGUAUGCAAUACAUUAAAAACAACAAUAAAAAUAGAUUCAAAACCUUUUC